AUGCGAGAAGCUAUGGACCCCUCUACUGUCGCGUCGGAGCCCAUUGCUAUCAUUGGCAGUGGCUGUCGGUUCCCUGGAGGCGUUUCCUCGCCUUCGCGACUUUGGGAACUGCUUCUCCAACCCCACGAUCUAUCUCAGCGGGUUCCAGCAAACCGAUUCAAUGUAGACGGCUUUUAUCAUCCUGAUGGCGAAUAUCACGGGACCACAAACGCGCCCAAAGCCUACUGGCUAGAACAAGAUCAUCGCCAUUUCGAUGCCUCCUUCUUCAACAUAACCCCUAAGGAGGCCGAGGCGAUCGACCCGCAAGGCAAAAUAAUACUCGAAACGGUCUAUGAGGCCAUGGAAUCGGCUGGCCUGACCUUACAGAAGUGCUCUGGCGAACAAAUUUCCGUCUUUGUUGGCACAAUGACCGCCGAUUUCGAUAUUUUGUCAGGCAAGGAUGAGAUGGCUUUCAGCCAGUACUGCGCGACGGGGACGUCGCGUGCUAUUCUCUCGAACCGUGUCUCUUAUUUCUUCAACUGGAAUGGUCCGUCCAUGACCAUUGACACGGCCUGUUCAUCAAGUCUCGUCGCGAUGCACCAGGCAGUGCUGGCACUGCGCCGUGGCGAGAGCAGCAUGGCGUGCGUUGCCGGUGCUAAUGUGAUGCUCAGCCCAGAGUACUUUAUAUGUGAGGCCAAUCUACACAUGCUAUCGCCACAUGGGAAAUCACGCAUGUGGGAUACGGGUGCAAAUGGAUAUGCACGCGGCGAGGGGGUCGGCGUCGUCUUCUUGAAGCCACUGUCCAAGGCCCUUGCGGACGGAGACUCGAUUGAAUGCAUUGUGCGCGAGACGGGUGUUAACUCGGAUGGUCGUACCAAAGGUAUUACCAUGCCCAGUCCAGACGCGCAGGCCGCAUUGAUCAGGGAUACCUAUCGGCGAGCGGGCCUUGACUCCCAAAAUCCCUCCCACAGACCUCAAUAUUUCGAAGCCCAUGGAACAGGCACCCAAGCAGGAGAUCCUCGAGAGGCAGAGGCCAUCUACCGGGCGUUCUUUGGCGAUCCGCCAGACGACACCGAUCCUACAGCAGAAAAUGAUGGCAAUCUUCUCGUUGGCUCGAUUAAGACGGUCAUCGGACACACGGAAGGUGCCGCGGGUGUUGCAGGCGUCAUCAAAGUUGCCUUGGCGCUGAAGCAUCUGACUAUUCCGCCAAACCAGCACCUUCAGACAAUAAACCCAACCGUCGCACCCUUUACAACACGCCUACGUGUACCAACUUCCCCAACCCCGUGGCCCCUGGUACAACCCGGCCAGCCGAUCAGAGCCAGUGUGAACUCUUUUGGCUUUGGCGGCACGAACGGCCACGUCAUUUUAGAGAGGUACGAUCCACAGUUGCAUGGGGGACUGGCACAGGAGUCGCUGUCUAGCAAUAACUGUUUGACAAUUCCUUUUGCUCUUUCUGCGAACUCGGACAAGGCCCUGACUUCUUUGGCUGAGCGAUACGCCAAGUAUUUGAACUCGACCCCAAACGUGAACAUUCACGAUCUCGCUGCAACACUGAUGUUCCAUCGAUCAGAGUUGCCUCACAAAGCCACGUUUGCCGCAACUGGAAUCACAGAUUUGGUGACAAGUAUAGAGGCUAGGCUGGCUAACAGCGAGAAAGCUGAAUUGGGUAUUCGAUCCAAGACACUAGACCAGCCUCCUCGAAUUCUAGGAGUUUUCACCGGGCAAGGAGCUCAGUGGCCCGAGAUGGGAAAACACCUGAUCAUAUCGUCACCCAUUUUUGCGAAAUCUAUUCACCAACUGGACCAGUUCCUUCGCGGUUGCCCAAAUCCACCUCCGUGGUCCCUUCAAGACGAGCUUCUUGCAGAUGGUUCGCGUUCACGGUUAGGAGAGGCCGCGCUCUCUCAACCUCUUUGCACUGCAGUGCAAAUUGCGCUGGUAGAUCUGCUGGCAGAGGCUGGCGUGAAGCUGACGGCAGUGGUUGGCCAUUCCUCUGGCGAGAUAGCCGCGGCCUAUGCAGCAGGAGUCUUGACCUCACGAGACGCCAUGCUAAUUGCGUACUACCGGGGUUAUCAUGCCAAGUUAUCUCGGGGCCGGAAUGGAGAAAAGGGCGGUAUGCUGGCCGUAGGCAUGAGGGUCGAAGAUGCCCUGGACCUGUGUGAACAGGAAAACUUUCAUGACCAGAUAUACAUAGCCGCUAGCAAUGCUCCCGCCAGUGUCACGUUGAGUGGCGACCUCGAUAAAAUCAAACACGCCAAGGAAGCGUUGGAUGAGCAGGGGAAAUUCGCGAGGCUACUGAAGGUUGAUACCGCAUAUCAUUCACACCACAUGGACAGCUGCGCCGGUGCCUACCUGGAGUCAUUAUCGUCCUGUGGCAUUACUGCUCGAGAGCCGGAUCCGUCCUGCUCCUGGAUAUCCAGUGUCUAUGGCCCCGCUGGUAAUCCAACAGUUGAAGAGUUAUCCGGUCGAUAUUGGCGAGACAAUAUGGUCCAGCCAGUGCUUUUCUCCGAGGCCCUCCAGCGUGUUCUUAUUGAACAGGAUUCAUUCCAGAUUGCCCUCGAGGUUGGACCUCACCCAGCGCUGAAGGGGCCAGCCACCCAAACAAUGCAGGAGGCUAUUGGUCAUGUGUUGCCUUAUAGUGGCGUUCUUAGCCGCGGAAGCAAUGAUAUCGUAGCAUUCGCAGCAGCCCUCGGACUCGUCUGGAACCAUCUCGGCUCUUCCGCUGUUGACUUUGCUCGGUACUCCAAGGCCGCAGGCAUUGAUCUGUCUUCGCGCCAAGUAAUCAAGGACCUACCAACAUAUCCCUGGGAUCACCACCAGCCACACUACCGAUUGCCACGAUUGCCGAGACAGUAUUUACGACGAUCUGCUGCGCCCCAUGAACUUCUAGGUGUGAGGACAAGCGAUGAUUCCGAUUCGGAAUACCGCUGGCGUAAUAUCCUCCAACCAAGGAUGCUACCAUGGCUCAACGACCAUCGCUUCCAAGGCCAAAUUAUUGUUCCGGCUGCCGCGUACUGCGUCAUGGCCCUCGAUGCAGCUCGAUCCCUGGCCCGCUCCCUGUCCAUCUCGACAGAGAUGGUCGAAAUCCAGGACUUAUUCAUCCAGGCGGGAAUCACAAUGGCCGAUGAUUCACAAGGGGUUGAAACUCUGUUUUCUCUCAAACGGGAGCGGCAUGCAUUCAAAAAUGAAGGCGCUAUUGUUGCCUCAUUUUUCUUAGACUGGGCACCUGUGGAAGGCGAAAUGCCAAUGAAAAAUGCUGUGACAGGCACCGUUAGAAUCCAUACUCCGGAUCCCCUUGAUAAUGGAUUACCUACCCGUAUGGUAGAAGAAGGUGAUUUAAAUACUGUGGAUUUAGAUGACUUUUACUCGUCUGUCCGAGACAUUGGUCUUGGAUACACUGGUCCAUUCCGGGCUCUGCAGUCGCUUCAGCGCCGUUUGAAUUUUGCCACGGGAAAGCUCCAGAAACCACAUCCAGAAGAUCCAUGUCAAUUGCCAGUGCGUCCAUCAUUGCUGGAUGCCUGCUUUCAAGUUGCCUUUGCAGCCUUUGCCGCCCCUGGUGAUGGGGAUUUGUGGACUUCCUUCCUUCCUAAGAAGAUUGAAAAAUUGCGAUUUAACUUGGGAAUUUGUGAAGUCCGCCCGGACGCGAAUGACAUUGUGGACGUCGACGCUGCAAUCACGCGUUUCGAGGCGACGACUCUAACAACCCCAGCUAACUUUUCGGGAGAUAUAUCAGUGUACAGUCCUAAUGGUGAGAUGGAAAUUCAAAUAGAAGGACUUAAUGUAGCAUCGUUUACUGCGGCCACGAAAGCAGACGAUCGCGAACUCUUCUUGCAGACAAUUUGGGAGCUGGAUCCCUGGCACGGAUUCCGAGAAGCAAACAACACGACGACGGACGCAAGUGAUGUACAGCUAAUCCACGAAUGUGACGCUAUUAAAACCUUCUACCAAGCUCGUUCUCAUCGACGAAGAUCAAGUUCGUCCUUUGGUGAGCAUACACACUCGCGUGAAAAGAUCGAAGAAAUGAUGGCAUCAUCCCCACACCGGUCAUCCCUGGAGCUCCUACACGGUUGCGGGGAAUAUAUCCCUUCCUGCAUGUCGGGAGUAAUCCAUGAAAUAACGAACGACAAUAGAGAAGUAUCAAGCUGCCACCAGCAGUUGAAGCAGAUCGUGAGCCAAAUUAGCCAUCGCCAUCCUCGAAUCCGAGUGUUGGAGAUUAACAUAGGCGAAGGUGGCCCUCUAGCCGACAUUGUUGCCAGUCAAUUGGCCCCAAACUUUGUUUCCUACCGGUAUCUAUAUGAAGGGCAUGGUCCCUCGCCACAAUUUUCCUCGGACAGACUGCAAUCCAAGGUCACUAUUGAUAUGCUUCCAGAAGAUCGAUCGUUUCUUGUAGAUGACGGAUUAACAUCCUUGUGCGAUCUCGUUAUUGUUUCUCUGGCCACAGAAACCAAGGAUGAUGUGGUCAAACUAUUGAACUCGGUUCGGGAACACACGAAGCCGGGUGGAUACCUCCUCGUGGUACAAUCAACUGGACCAUUCCUACGAGAAAGGCUCCUGCGAUGUGUGUCGUUAACAACAACCUCUGUCACACCACAAGCCCAUCAGCUGCGGUGGGGAGAGGUCUUUCAAAGAGCUGGCUUCGCGUCUGAUGUCUCAUCCCAGUUUCAUACUCCAUCUAGAAGAUUGACGCUUUCCAUAAGUUACGCGACCAAUCCGCUCAUUGAAAUCCUCCGGAAACCCGUGUCGUUAGGAAGGUCUCAGGUUCCGAUGCCAGGUAAAGUACUGGUUCUUGGUGGAUCAAGACCCGAGACUCAGGCAAUCAAAAAUCGCCUCACCGAAGUUCUCGUCAAUUCCAAUGUGGAAUUACACAUGGCCUCUUUGGAAGACGAACUCGAUAUUGCUAAAACUGAAGAUAUUCGAGGUGUCCUCAUUCUUUCUGACCUCGACGAGCCCAUCAUGGCUUCCAUGACAAACGCGAAACUUUCAGCUCUCCAAGCAAUUUUAGCGCCAAAUCGUUUUGUUCUGUGGCUCACGAAUGGAUCUCGUGAGGACAACCCUUACCACUUUGCGACAGCUGGCCUGUGCCGCUCCAUCAAGGCUGAAACUCCCGGGCUGCAGCUACAGAUUCUUGAUCUAGAUACCCUGGAUGGUGUUGCUGAUCAGGUGGUGGAAUCGUUCCUGCGUUUGGCCAUGGCAAACGACGAAGAGCUAAAGAAUUCUCUUUGGACGACUGAACAUGAGAUUGCGAUACAAAAUGGACACGCGAUGCUACCUCGGGUGUUGCCGAUAGAUGACCUAAAUGACCGCUACAAUGCAACCAGAAGGGUUGUCACUCGAGAAGCCAAUUCGGCCCAGUCCGUCAUAGACCUUGUCGCUAGUCGUGACGGAUCCGAUUGCGUCUAUUCUGCCCAGAAUACAGGCAAAACGGCGCUACAACUCGCUGCGAUUAAUCAGCCUGACUUGGUUGUCGUUCGGAUGCUGUAUACAAGUGCAUGGGCAGCAGGGAUAGGGGACGGCAGCUACGCUUUUGUUGGCGUUGGAAUGCUGCUUGAUGGCAGGAGGGUGAUAGCAGUGUCUCCAACGAAUACCUCCUAUGCUGUUGUUCCCUCCUCUUGGACAAAAAAUGUUCCAGCUAGUUGGGGAGACGAUGCAACCAUCGUUGGUCUGCUAGUCCGGGCCCUGGUUGUGCAAUGCAUCGUUGCCCAGGCUUCUUCUGGUCCCAUUGCAAUACAUGAGGCCGAUUCAGCGCUGGCAGAUGUGCUUGAAUCCUUUGUCCAAUCUCAGGAUUCGAUACGUCCUUUACGCCAUUCGACUCAUGACCCCCACAAACCAGCCGUGGAUAGUCGCUUUGCUUUCAUUCAUCGUCGAGCAACAGCAGAUGCUAUUCGAUCCUUGAUACCAGCGUUUUUCGGGACAUUUGUUGACUUCAGCAAUGGGACUUCGUCUAUAUCGAAGGGUAUUUUGCCUGACUCGACAUUUUGCCUCAAUCCGACAACCUCAUCGGUUCGGAUAUGCGGUAAUAUCCAAGUGUCUUCCGACGCGAUUUCGCGAUGCCUGUCUAAUGCAAUUAGAACCAUCCAACCCCUCAUUCACUCCAGCUGUCAAAUUUGCUCCAUUCCGGUUAACACCGUAUUGGAGUCGAGAAAUCAACGGUUUUUUGGGGUUGUAGAUUGGCAGAGCGAGUCGCUUGUACAAGAGAGAGUGCGAGCCAUCGACCCUGCGUCCGCUCUCUCACCUUCCAAGACGUACGUCAUGAUUGGCUUGACAGGAGAGCUCGGACAGAGUAUUUGUCGUAUGAUGGUUACUAACGGAGCUCGUUAUAUAAUUGCGGCCAGUCGGAAUCCUGACAAAUCGCCACGUUGGAAACGGGAAUUUGAGCAGAUGGGCGUCACAGUCGAAAUAAUGUCGCUGGAUGUGACCAAUUUGCAAUCGGUGAAGAGGCUCAAAGCAGAGAUCUCUCGGUCGUUUCCUCCGGUUGCAGGAGUCGCCAAUGGAGCCAUGCUUCUGUCAGACGGUCUAUUUGCUGACAUGACGCUCGAAACAUUCGACAAGGUAAUGAAGCCAAAGGUGGUCGGGUCUCGAAAUCUGGAUUUGGUGUUCAAUUCCAAGGAUAUGGACUUUUUCAUGAUGUUUUCGUCUUUAACCGGGGUGGCUGGAAAUAAAGGACAAUCUAAUUACACAGCGGCCAACAUGUUCAUGGCCGGUUUGGCGGCACAGCGUCGAAAGGGUGGCCUUGCUGCCUCCGUGUUAGACAUCGGAAUGUUGUAUGGUAUCGGAUAUAUCAAUCGCAUAGAUGGUGCCGAGAUCUACAAUAACUUGAAGAACCAGGGCUACACACCAAUUUCAGAACGAGAUAUUCAUUGCAUGUUUAUCGAGGCCAUUGCGGCCGGAAAGCGCGGCUCCAUCGCGAAUUCUCAACUGACGACGGGGCUGCAGCGUUUCAGCCUAACAGACGACCACCCUCUAGCAUGGCACUUUGAUCCACGGUUCUCACAUCAUACCAUCUCUUCGCAAGACUCAGCAGACGUGGACAAAUCGGGAUCAGCGCAGACUGUACAAGACCUCAUCCGUGAAAGCCAGUCCCUGGAGAGUGUUGCCCAGACCAUACGUGAAAGUUUCGCUACACAGCUUGAAUCAAUGUUGCGUUUGGAAGCUGGCACUGUCAACACGGAAAAAUCCAUCAUUGAUCUUGGCGUCGACUCUCUCGUGGCUGUCGAGGUUCGGUCCUGGUUCCUGAAGGAGGUGGGCAAAGAUAUGCCAGUGCUCAAGGUGCUAGGAGGAGCAUCAAUUGCCGCGUUAUCGGAUGAAAUCGCUGCCGAUGUGUUUGCUGACCGUGCAACUGCAAAAACACCAGUGGAUGAGAGAGCAGAGGUCCCGUCUUCAGAUGCCAGCACAAUAGACUCAGACGACAGCGACCGAAGGCUUUUCAGCUCUGAUGCGUCCGAGACUUCUGAUACGGAUGUUGGAGAGUGGGAGCUUCCGGAAUACGAACAAAUCGUGCCCAUGUCAUUCGGUCAUACACGCAUGUGGAUUCCCAACCUUUUACUAACUGACAAAACCGCAUACAACUGCACCACCUGCUACCGACUGAAUGGAUCUUUGGAUGUUUUGAAACUGGAGACUGCCCUUGAAUGUGUCAUACAGAGGCACCAAACAUUCCGAAGCUCAUUUUUCAUAGAUGAAAUCAGUCGGGAGCCAGUUCAGGCCGUGUCACGGUCAUCACCAUUCUCCCUCAAGAAGGUACAACAAGGGAAUGAUGGAAUUGACGUCGAGAGAGAGACAGAUGAAAUUAAAAAGCAUGUCUACGAUCUGGCAAACGGCGAUGUUUUUAUGGCGACGCUCGUGACGCAUGAGCCUCAAUACCACACAAUUAUUUUCGGGUACAAUCACAUCAUAGUCGACGGCGUUGGCUGGCAGCUCUUUUUACAAGAUCUUGAAAGAUUUUAUGUUCACCCUACUCCACAGCGACAACAUCCGGUGGUCAAUGACGUGACCGAUUUCUCUGUGCAGCAGCGAGGUGGUUUAGAUUCCAAAGCACUUCAGAGCAAACGCACGUUUUGGAAGUCUGCAUUCGACAAAUUGCCUUCUCCGAUGCCAUUGUUUCCUUUCUCCAAGGUGACACGGCGGGAAACACUAGAUCGAUACGCUGUUUCUGAGUACUUUGUCGAGCUGGAUCGGUCCUUGGUAACAAGGGUCAAGGCCGCUAGUACAGAGAAUAAGGUCACCCCGUUCCAUUUCUACCUGUCAGUUUUGCAGGUCCUGUUACAACGUGCCCUUGGUAAAAAUGAUUUUUGUCUCGGCAUCACCGACGCCAAUAGGGCAGAUGAACGAUUCAUGGAGACCAUUGGGUUACUCCUUGACACCCUUCCAUUAUGGUUCAAGGUGCCCCGGGACGAAUCCUUUCAAGAGCGACUUCUCAGCACACGGUCAGCAGUCUAUGAUGCCUUGGGUAAUUCGGGUGUUCCUCUAGACGUCAUUCUCGACGAUGCCAACGUGGAGUCCUCUGUAACAGACUUGCCACUCUUCCAAGCCAUGGUCAACUACCGUAUGGGUGCCAUCAAGCAAAAGACCAUGGGCGACGUGCAGCUAGACUAUCUGUCGUAUGAAGAUGCCAAACAUCCGUUUGAUUUUAUUCUCACCAUCGAUGAAGACGAAGGAAGAGGAGGCUUGACGCUGUCAAUGCAAGAUUACCUCUACGAUGAGGCAGGAGCCGACAUUUUCCUAGAAACUUAUAUCCAUUUAUUGGAGCAAUUCUCAUCGGACCCAUCCAUGAGUACCGAGGAGCCUACUCUCUUACCAGUGCAUCUUGGAAACAAAGCUAUUAGUCUGGGCAGUGGACCGCUACUACCAGGGUCUAGUGUCAUCAAGAAAACCCUUGUGCAUGAAGUUGAUGAAAUGACUACAAAAUACCCCCACGAGAUUGCGUUGAAGGAUGAUCAUGUAGCCUAUACAUAUGAUCAAAUGGCUACAAAGGUCUACACCAUUGGCACCAUCUUGACCGAAAAGGGUGCUUUAACGGGGAGGAGCCGGGUUGCUGUUUUCUGCGAGCAGUCAGUGGAUAUGGUGUGUUCGCUUCUUGCUAUUCUCCGAAUUGGUGCCACAUAUGUUCCUUGCGAUGUGCGAAAUUCGGAUCAACGAUUAUCAGUCAUCAUUUCCGAAUCGCAGGCUGAGGUUGUCAUCUGUGAUCAAAGCACUUUUCAUCGCCUCGAGGACAUCCUGAGGGAACCUUCCCUAGCCAGUGCUUCGACAGAGGCAAUUAACGUGACAGCACUAGAAGAUAAUAAUUCCAGUCCGUUUGUCCCUAACCGUUCUGUUCCAUCGGCUAAGGCCUUCUUGAUGUUCACAAGCGGGUCGACUGGCAAGCCAAAGGGAAUCCUGCUCACACAUGCCAACUUUUCAACUCAAGUUGCUGCUGCUACAGCUUCAAUGGGUAUCAAACGGGAGACAGUGUUACAGCAAAGUGCACUGGGCUAUGAUGCUUCUUUGGCGCAAAUAUUCUACGCUCUGGCCAACGGUGGUACCCUCGUGAUAUCUAGCAACCGCCGCGAGAUACAGGAUUUGGCGUCGCUCAUGGUGAGAGAGAAGGUCACUUUUACGCUGAUGGCUCCAUCCGAAUACACAGUUUUGCUAGAAUAUGGGCGAGACAUUCUUCGACAAAGCCGAACAUGGCGGGUUGCCAUGUGUGGUGGUGAAGCUUUUGCGCCGCAUCUUAUUGAGGCGCUCCAAGGCCUACAGCUAGACCAGCUGGAAGUUUUUAAUGCUUAUGGCGAGUAUUGCCUAUACCGAAAUUUCUAA